GGACAAAGGCAGCGCGCGCAGCGAGCUGUCGCGUCUGGUCGUGGUCUGGCGGAGCUGCGGUUGGCUUGUGGAGUCGCCGCCGCCGCCCUCCCUUCCUCUUCCCCAUCUUCUUCUCUCGGUCCCGGGAGCCCCCACCCGGAGAGAGUCGCGGUUGCUGAUCGUGGUGCUUGAGCAGAGCCGUGGUUGGUGACAGCAUGACAAGCGAGGUGAUAGAAGACGAGAAGCAAUUCUAUUCCAAGGCCAAGACCUACUGGAAACAAAUCCCACCCACGGUGGACGGCAUGCUUGGGGGGUAUGGCCACAUCUCCAGCAUCGACAUCAACAGCUCCCGGAAGUUUCUGCAGAGGUUUUUGAGGGAAGGCCCGAACAAGACAGGAACGUCCUGUGCCCUGGACUGUGGAGCUGGCAUUGGAAGGAUCACCAAGCGGCUGCUCCUGCCGCUGUUCAGAGAGGUGGAUAUGGUCGACAUAACAGAGGACUUCCUGGUUCAAGCCAAGACCUACCUGGGGGAGGAGGGCAAGAGGGUGAGGAACUACUUCUGUUGUGGGCUCCAGGACUUCACCCCGGAGCCGGACUCUUACGACGUGAUCUGGAUCCAGUGGGUGAUAGGCCACCUCACCGAUCAGCACCUGGCCGAGUUCCUGCGGCGCUGCAAGGGCAGCCUCCGCCCCAACGGUAUCAUCGUCAUCAAAGACAACAUGGCCCAGGAGGGCGUGAUUCUGGACGACGUGGACAGCAGCGUGUGCCGGGACCUUGACGUGGUCCGCAGGAUCAUCUGCAGCGCAGGCCUCAGCCUCCUGGCCGAGGAGAGGCAGGAGAACCUCCCCGAUGAGAUCUACCAUGUCUAUAGCUUUGCCCUGAGAUGAGCCGGGGCUGGCAGGAGAAACUGAGGAACCACAGUCCUGGUGGGGGGAGCCGGCAGCUGGGCAAGAUCCAGGUGCCACACUGGCAGUUCGUGAGUGUCGAGGCACCACUAAAUAUAGCUGUCUGCCGUCCACUCAU